UUUUCUACGCUUUAAUCAAAUUUAAACACGACGAGGUAGUGGUAGAUGACUUGAUAGUGACAUUGGCGAAUCUUUUCGUGAGAAAUGAAUAUUGUCAAGACGUUUAGGAUGCUGGUGGUCUAACAUUAAUCUUGGACGUUAUGAUCAGCCACCCAGACCCGGAGAAACUCAACAGACAAGCUCUGAAAUUGCUGAGUGCUCUGGCUGCUAACGACAAUGUUGAGAAUUAUAUCGUGACCCGCGGCAGUUGUCCGCUUAUCGUCUCAGUGAUCAACAGGUUCAAGGGUUCAGAGAGUGUCGUCGCUGCAGGUUUCUCAUGUAUCUCAGCUUUGACUCUCCGUAGUUCCUCCAACGCCGGAGUUUUUUACGACUGCGGAGCACCUAUCGUGAUGCUUGACGCGAUGAAGCAGUUUCCGAAGAGCCACAAAACUCUGAGACAUGCUUGUCGGGCUAUCCGGAACAUGGCGGUGAAAAACAGAGCCGAGUCUCGGGAGUUUGUGGCUUAUGGCGUAGCCACUGCUUGCUGAAGCCUUUAAUUUAAGAACCACGGAGUCGCCGUUGAAGCUGAAGCUAAAGCUGCUCUUCGAGAUUUAGGCUUAAAAGUUGAACUUAAGGAACCGUGGACGGGUAAAAGCAUUGCUUUGCAGAAUUAAUUUGUGCUUAAAUUUUAUUAUUCAU